UUUGACCCGAAAUGGCGACAGAGGGGGAUAUACUAGUGUCGAAGCAAGAGCUCCAUGAAUUUGUGGUGCGGUGCAUCACAGCUGCUGGAGCGGAUCCAAACCAUGCAGCCGAUUUGGCGGAUCUUCUCGUCACAGCUGAUUAUCGAGGUCAUUACAGUCAUGGCAUGAACAGACUUGAUAUGUAUUCAAGUGAACUAAAAUCAGGAAUAUGUAGAGGAGGUGGGGCUUCCCCGGAAAUCGUCAAGCAAACAGUCGCCACUGCCCUGGUGGACGGGAAUAAUUUGUUGGGUCCAGUUGUCGGGAAGUUCGCUGUGGAUCUGGCUAUCAAAAAGGCAAAAGAGGCAGGGAUCGGAAUGGUCACAGUUCGAGGUUCAAACCAUUUUGGGAUAGCCGGGUGGUAUUCUUUAAGAGCUCUAGAACACGGUCUUAUAGGAAUGUCUUUCACUAAUACCUCACCAGUUCUUAACCCAACGAGAUCAAAAGAGCAAAUUCUCGGGACAAAUCCUAUAAGUGUGGCUGCACCGGCUAAAGAUGGCGACAGCUUUGUGUUGGAUAUGGCUACCUCUAGCGUAGCGCUAGGAAAGAUCGAGAUUCAAGACAGGAAGAAUCUCCCGCUUCCACCAGGGUGGGCGGUUGAUGCCGAUGGAAACGAAACGUACGACCCUAAGAAAAUCAAAGGCCUGUUACCUCUUGGAGGAAAAGAAGAAAGCAGUGGAUAUAAGGGUUACGGAUUGUCCAUGAUGGUGGAGGUUCUGACAGGGAUACUCAGCGGUGGGGCCUUUGGUCCACAUAUACGUCAGUGGAAAGGAGCAACGAGAGUCGCUAAUCUGGGACAAUGUUUUAUUGUGCUGGAUCCUAAAGCUUUUACUGAUGACUUUGAGGACAGAAUGAGUGAGCUGAAUAAUAUCUGCAGGCAGCUGGAAUCUGUGGAUGGCCCUGACAAACCUGUAUUAGUCCCCGGAGACCCAGAGAAGGAACACAUGAAGCUAUGUGACAAACUAGGGGGGAUUCCCUACCAUCCUAACCAGAUUACAUUCAUGAAUGACAUGGCUAAGCUGUUCAAUGUAACUCCAGUGAAGACAUCCUGAGGGAUUCGGAAAAUUCACUGAUCUCACGUGCCUUACAUAUUACUCUGUAUCAUCAUGUUGAUAUCAUAUAGUUAUUGAGAGAAAGAAAAAUGUAUAGAAAAUAAAUUAUGAAAUAAUGAA